AUGGCUGGAAACUUCUUUGCUACUGCCGAGGGACUCCGUCUUGAGGACGGUCACUUCCUCAGAGCCCGCCUCCAGAGGAUCGACGGUGAAUGGGUUGACACCGAGAUCAACCUCAACGAGCACAUUGGCAACGCCGACGGCCACUUUGAGUGGAACAGCUCUGGCUUUGCCAACUCUGCCGAGGACAUCUACCUCUCCGUCGAGGGUACCGGCCCCGUCGCCGUGCUCCGCGCCAGACUCCGCCGUGAGGACGGCGAGUGGGAGAACCGUGACCUCAACCUGAGCGAGCGUCUCGCCAACAACGACGGUCAAUUCCACGUAAGCAUCCUCCUUUGCCCUACAAUUUUUGAACCUCGGUCGCUAACUUUGAAUUCUUCAGUGGAGUAA